UCUAGUCGCACACAGCCCACCAAUAUUGCUUACAAUGGCUACUGGAAACCGUAAGUUGCUGGCACUACUGCAGCGUCCUUUGGAGCCAACUUUCUACCCGAAAGACGACGGCAAGACUGUGAUUGAUCUUCCGGAGAACUAUCUUACCGAGCGCUACCGUCCGAUCGGCGAUAACCUGCAGAGUCGUUUCAGCACCGAUGCGGACACCAGAAUUCCAGUACGCAAUGUUGGAACUCCGAAUAUUGCUUUCGCUGAGGCUGUUGCCCGCCGUGGUGGGUUUUCUCUCUUCAACGAGAAACACCGCAAAAUUUCUGGAGAAUUGAUAACGCUGUUUGUAAAUCAACCCGACGUUGAAUCACUGAUGGCUGUUGCUUCGUAUGCGCGAGAUCGCUUGAAUCCGAUGUUAUUCCAGUAUGCACUGUCCGUUGCCAUUCAACAUAGACCAGAUACAAAGGAUAUCAACAUUCCUUCGCUCUUGCAACUGUUCCCAGAUUCAUUCGUAGAUCCCUCUGUAUUUCCAAAGGCUCGUGAAGAAGGCACCGUUGUUCUACAGGAGAAUCGAAUGACCAUCGACAUUCCAAUGAGCUUUACCGCUUCGGAUCGUGAAGAGGAACAGCGACUGGCUUACCUCCGCGAGGACAUUGGAGUCAAUCUGCAUCAUUGGCACUGGCAUCUGGUGUACCCUGGAGACGGGCCCGAUCAGGUUGUGCGCAAGGAUCGUCGUGGAGAGUUGUUCUAUUACAUGCACCAACAGUUGAUUGCCCGCUACAAUGUGGAACGUUUCUGUGCUCGUCUAGGCCGAGUUCGACCAUUGACUAAUCUGCGUGUGCCUCUUAGCGAAGGAUACUUUCCAAAGAUUAUCAGAAGUGUUAACAAUCGUGCCUUCCCUCCGCGUCCACAGAAUCAGGCUUUGACCGAUAUUAACCGAGUGGAUGAUGAUGUGAUUUUCACCGUAACUGAUUUGGAAAACUGGGAGAAACGCAUUUCUGACAGUAUUGACGUUGGAUAUGUGGAAGGGCCAAACGGACAGCGAAUUCAACUAACGGAAGAGAACGGUGUCGACAUACUCGGCAACAUCAUGGAACCCUCCUCACUUACAGUCAACCGCCAAUACUACGGAAGCUACCAUGGAAAUCUGCAUAACAUCAUUGCCUACAGCCAUGACCCCGAGGGGCGCUUCCUAGAGGGCUACGGUGUAGUUGGGGAGUUCCAAACGGCUAUGAGAGAUCCAACAUUCUACCGUCUUCAUGCACAAGUUGACAACAUGUUCCAUCGUUUCAAAAAUACUCUUCAACCAUACCCAGCUAAUCAACUCAACUACAACGGCGUUCAAAUUCAGUCGUUAGCAGCACAACUUAAUCGUCCGAAUGCGCCGGCAAACGUUCUUCUAACGUACUGGCAACGAUCGCAAGUUGAUUUGGCCACUGGUUUGGAUUUUGGACCACAAGGAAACGUGUUUGCUUCAUUCACACAUCUUCAACACGCUCCAUUCACUUUCCGCCUGACGGUCAACAACACCGGAGCAAGACGUCGUGGUACUUGCCGUAUCUUCAUUGGUCCCAAAACUGAUGAACGUAACAUUGCUCUAACCUUUCAGGAACAGCGUAUUCUUAUGGUUGAACUGGACAAGUUUACCGUCACACUUAAUCCUGGUAGUAAUACCAUUGUCCGUCGCUCGGAACAGUCCAGUGUGACCAUCCCGUACGAGAGGACGUUCCGCUCCGCAGCAAUUUCCAGUCAAACUGGCACGGAGCAGUACCGCUUCUGCAACUGUGGAUGGCCAUCCCAUUUGCUGAUCCCGAAGGGUACUCCGGAAGGCAUGACCUUUGAUCUUUUUGCGAUGAUUUCCGACUACACUGGCGAUACGGUAAAUCAGGAGUUUGAUGAAAAUGUUGACUGCAACGAUUCGCAUUCGUUCUGUGGCCUUCGUGAUCGACUGUACCCCGAUCGUCGUCCAAUGGGCUAUCCGUUCGAUCACCGUGCGCCGACCAAUAUUCGUACCCUGCAGGAAUUUGUUCGACCCAAUACCAACAUGGCGCUCACAAAUGUACAGGUCCGUUUUACCAAUACAGUUAUCGCAAGAACUUGAUGGGAAUGAUUUGAAAAGUUUGAUUAUGCAUAA